AUGCCAAGUUACAUGUUUCGAUUACCUCGUUUCCCAAAUAUUAAUGUUGGACAUUGCACUAAAAGGGAUAUUAAUUGGUAUGGCCAACGUCCGACAACACUUAAAGAAUGGGUUUCGAGGUCGUCCCUCGAACGCGGACCUGGUACUCUCAAAAUCCAAGUCCCCGAAAUUACCCGAAUAUAUUCAUUGUUCAAUGUGACUUGCUGGAUCAUCUAUGAUGAUGAAGCCUUGCUUAAUGUAUCGCGGAAGGCUUGUAGCCCACGUGAGCUAUGGCUAUUUCUUCCUGAAUAUUUUCACCCAAAUAUUUUACCGCGUACGAGAUUACUGUGCUCCACAAAGGUUUACAUAGUUAUCGACCACGGUGCUAGUUCUGGUCUCAUUAAUCUUCGCUCAAAGUUAGGUGUACCGCUUACGGCUAGUUUAAAGCGAUUACUUCAGACAGCGCCUUCAGUCCUAGGUACUGCAACUGUGUGA